UCACAAACAAGAGCUCGAUAACACACACACACCAAGCAACAAUGUCGAAAAUCUCAAAUGCUUCUUCUCUCUGUUUACUCCUUCUCGUCUUCGUCCUCCUCAGUUAUCAACCUGCACUCUCAAUCCGUGGCCCAACAAUGCAAUCAGAACCAGAAUCAGCUGAAACCAUAAUCGAUGGUUCCUCUGCAAUGGGCAUGAUCGACCAUGCAAAAUCAAUGAUUGCUGGUUUCUUCAGCCACAAGUUUCCACUAAAGGGCUGGCCUUUCCCAAAGUACCCACCUUUCACAAUGGUUAGCCCUAACAUCCCAACAAACCCAUCUGGAGCUCAAGAGGAAACAGAGAAGCUACCUUCUUCCCCAAGCAACGGCAACAAAGAUGGAGGAAACGCUUGAAAAGAUUGAAGUUUACUUGUGUUCGAAAAACAUUUCUAAGGUUUUACAUUUUCAUCAAAAAUAAAAAAUGUAUCUUUAACAGUUGAAUGAUAAGAGAAAGAAGAUAUCAUCUAUCUAUCUAUC